ACCUUCAUUAAAGAUCACAAACAAGACAAACUCCAUAUUUCUACCUGUUCUUCUCUUCUCUUGUUAUCUCUUUCCUAUAUUCCAACCUGUUUCAAUUAUGCUCCACAUGCUGUGUGUUGUUUCUGUUUAUUUUGAGUAAUUAAAUCACCAAAUUCAUAUUGGUUGAGUUGAGAGAUCUGAGAAGAAUAAUAAUCAAUAAUAAUAUUGGGUUUGGAAUUGUGUAUGGCCACUGAAACAGCUCCUAAAGUUCGACUUGUUAGGUGUCCUAAAUGCCUUUUGGUUCUUCAAGAAGUGGCUGAUGUUCCAAUUUACAAGUGUGGAGGCUGUGAUGCAAUUCUUGUAGCUAAAAAUAAAAAGGCCAUUGCCAAAACCACCUCUGUCUUGCAAGAAGCUAAAGCUGUCGGGAAUCAAUUGGUUCGGUUGUCGGAACGUGGAGAAUCUAGCGGCUCAGGUCUGCAAGAUGUUGUUCCUUCCCCUUUGGAGAGUCGUUUGAGUCAAGAAAGUGGAGAGAAUCGGGAUGUUUCUACCGGCUCUCAUAGUGAGGAGCACGGUGAGGACGUAUCGUUAGAAGCUCGCUAUGAGAAGGAUCAAAAUACAUCCAGAGAUAGUGAUGGUAAUGGUGAAAUGCUUGAUGAAAAUAGAUCUACUGGCUCUCAUAGUGAGGAGCAAGAUCAGCACUUAUUGGUUGAAGGGCGACGUAAUGGUUGCUAUGAGAAGGAACAAAAUGCAUCCAGAGAUAGUGAUGGUGAUAUGCUCGAUGAAAAUAGAUCUACUGAUUCUUUUAGCAAGAAGCACGGUGAGAACUUAUCGAUAGAAGGCCAACGUAAUGGACGCUACGAGAAAGAUCAAGAUACUUCCAGAGAUGGUGAUGGUGAUGGUGAUAUGGUUGAUGAAAGUAGGUCUAUUGAUUCUCAUAGCGAGGAGCACGGUGAGAACUUAUCGGUAGAAGGCCAUAAUGGUAGCUACGAGGCAGAUCAAAUUGCAUCCAGAGAUGGUGAUGGUGAUAUGGUUGAUGAAAAUGGACCAAAUGAAGGGCAGCAAAAUGGAACAGGACUGUUGCAGACAGAAUCUUUAGAACAUUGCGAUGUUCGACUGCCAGGGGUUUCAAUUGAAGGUUCUAUAUCCGCUGAGCUUCAUCAUGAGAAUGACGAGUUAGUGUUGGAAGCUGAAACAAAUUUAGAAGCAGAGGCAAAUGUCAUGAGCUUGCAGUUAGAAGGUGGAAAUUCACAAUUAGAGACUAAUGACAAGGUUGAUUCCAACACCGGAGGCUCUCCAAAAGGUGAACAUCAUCGGUUUAAUAGUGUGAGGUCUAUGGAUACUUAUGGAACUAUCGAUUUUGUCAGUAUUGGUUCCGAGUUUAGUGGUCCUAUUGAAUAUUUGUCGAAAUCCAUGACAAUCAGAAGCUCCCAUGCUUAUGAUGGUAGUAUCUCUUCUUAUGAUGGAAUGGAUGAUCACUUCCCUGACCAGCAAUUACAUUCCUUUGAGAACAAUUAUAAGCCUGCUAACCUUUCUUCAGAUUUUUCCAAUAAGAAGCAUUAUGCGAUGAGGAGAUACGGCAAGUGGCACCGGGAUGAACCACUAGAACCUGUAACGCAUCACCGUCCACUUAGGAACUGGCCAAGACUGGAGAGAGAUCAAUAUCCAUCCCAAAUUCCUUUGUCUCAAAGGGUUCCCUUGCAUGGCUAUGAAAGUGCUGGCCCUUCACAUGAAUCGCGAGAUGAGUUCCCUUUCGAUUCAGCCUUCCAUCCAUUCAAGAAGGCUGAGUAUGGUAAAGAAGAAAAGAUGAAACUGUUAAAAAUGGUGUAUGAACUGCAGGAUCAAAUUAGCAAGACAUGCCAACUGAAUGAAAAGACCAAUGGAAAUGCUUCCUCUGAUGUACCUUGGAAGCAAGAGCAUUUUUCUACAUAUAACCAUCAGAAGGAGCCACCUGAGGAUGAGAUUCUUUAUCCUACUUACUAUGGAAGACGUGGACCGAGGAGCAGUUGGAGCCAGCAAAGUAGAUUCUCGCAUGUACCUUUUUCAGGUGGUGCAAUAAACACUAGACAUGGCAUUGAUAACACUUGUUUAUGCUGCCAUCCUCAAGCCUGGCAGCGUUCAGAGCAGUUGCCUCCUCCCGUUUUCCCACAUAACCGAGGAUUUUGUAGAGCUUGUCGAGGUCAUAAUUGUUAUAAUUCCUUCAGCUCUUGCCCCUCUAGCCCCCAAAGAUAUUUGGGAUCUGAUUUUUCUAACUGGAUCCAUGAAAGUCAACCUGAUGAUCAGAGGUAUAGAGAUCAUGAAAUGAAGAGGUAUUUGAGGGAGAAACAUCAUUCAGCUAGGCGACAUAUCCGGCCCACAGCAGGUGGAGCACCUUUCCUAACGUGUUAUUAUUGCAUCACACCGUUGCAGUUACCUGCAGACUUUCUACUUUUCAAAAGGAGAUUCCAUCAGCUAAGAUGUGGUGCUUGUUCAAAGGUGCUUAAGCUUUCGCUUCAGGAGGGAACUCAUAUAGUGCCUUAUGAUCUGGUUGCUGAAGCACCUCCACCGAGUGAGGUUGAAGACCACAGUGAGGUGAUUAAUGUAGGAAUUUCGGGAUUGGCAUCUUCUAGUCAUGGUAAUUUGCAAGCGGAUCCUAUGUCUUACUCUGAUGAUUAUGGACACUCUUUCUGCAUAAGCUGCUCCACAGAUGGAGAUCCUGUUUCUCAUACAAAAUUUCAUCAUCUUCAGGGCAGCAAUGCUGAUUUCAAAAAUAUGUCCAGUAGAUCUUCUAAAGCAGGGCCUUCCAGGUCGAAGAGAGGAUCGUCAGAAAUUGAAGGGUUGCCACCGAAACCUGGAGGGUCGCCACUUCAUCGACUGAUGGGAUAUUCUUCUCUAAGCCAAGUGCUAAGGGGCAUUGGACCAUCCUUCUCUAGCAAAAGAACUCAGGAUUGAAUAGCUGAGUAAACAGUAAUGUAACUAAUUUUGCAUAUUGGCAAGGGUGGGAAAUAUUAGCAUUCAUCCGUUUAAUUUUUUUUAUGAUUACAUAUAGGAGUUUAUAGUGGAGAUAUUUACUUGAUUUGUUUAUUCCUGUAUAGUGUAUAAAUGAUUAGAAACUGUUUACAAAAUGUAUUUGAUGUUUCCUUGUUAUUA